AUGGCGGAAAAUCGAAAACCGAAAACGUUGACAAUUGAGCAAAAAUACGAAAUUCUUCAGAUGUUAGAAAGAGGUCAAACUCGGAGAAUCGUAGCAGAAAAAUACAAUAUUUCAAGUGCCUCCGUGAGCUAUAUAUAUUUACACAGAAAAGAGAUUAAAGAAUAUUUCGAAACCAACCCAGUGAUUACCAGCUGUGUCACACAACGUUUAACAUUGUCACAGUCAGUGAAUUUAGACAGAGUUCUUUACCAGUGGUGCAUACGAUGUAUGAAGAAUAACGUAGGAAUAACAGGAGUAGAAAUACAGAAAAAAGCUCUGGAACUUAAUGAAAAAUUGAACAGAGAUUCUUAUUUUAAAGCCGGUGAAAGUUGGUUACAAAAUUUUAGAAACCGUCACCAUAUUAGUCAUACAGAUGUCAGGCAAGAUUUUCCAAUCCCAACUACAGCUGCAGCAGACACCUUCAAAGUUGAUUUUAACACACUUUUGCAAAACGAGGGGUACACAUUGGAGAACGUUUACAAUGCCAAUUACACAGCAAUAAUGUGGAAAGCAGUACCAAAAGAAACUUUGACUUUUCGCCAUGCGAAAUCGACAUCAAGCCAAAAAAUGUGCGAAGAUCACGUUACUACACUUUUUUGUGCAAAUGCUACCGGAUGUCACAAGUUGCCGGUAUUA